ACCCAAGAGGUGGUGUGUUUCCUACACCACAUUACUCAUCUGCCGUAAGAAGCCGACACGCAAGGGCUUGAUGAUCCUGCGAGCCGACGUGAAUCGCAUCGUCUUGUACGACUCAGACAAAGAUGUCAUCGAUGUAUGCCCCUUAAAGGAAGGGGAGCUGAUCUAUCCGGGAUCAGUGGUUUACUUCCCUUGCCACAAGGUUGAUGUUGGCGAGUGCGUUUUUCAACCUGAUAGCAUCAUUAAGAAUGAGGAUGUUCUUGCGCCCAGCCCAAUUACUUGCCCUCAGCAGCUGAGUGAAGCCGUGGAGCACCAGUUGGCAUCCAAUGAAGACAAGGAUGGGGAUGGUCACUUGCUAGGCAAUGUUGAUGAGCCAGGUGUCGACAAGAAAAAUAGUAAAAAGAGGAGGAACAAGAAGGAUGAAAAAAAGGCAAAGAGGAGGAAGCUUUUGGAAGAGCAAGAGAUGAGAGAUGAGAAAAAGAGGAAGCUUGACGAAGAGCAAGAGUUGAGAGAUGCGAAGAAGAAUAAGAGGUUGAAGGCUACGGCAGGAAUGAGAUUGGUGAGAUCUCCAGUGGCUAUGAUUGCGAAAGUGAUGUCAUUAAGGAAACAAAUGUCCCCUCAAGCUAAUAGUGGUUGUAGCCGAAAACCACGCAAAUUGAAAUCCAUAGUCUGGAAAGAGGUGAUUCCCAUAUACAAACAUGGGAGACUUGUACAAGGACAAUGCAAGCACUGCAAUGAUAUAUUUGCUGCUUCACGCAAAUCAGGCACCAACCACAUCCAUAGACAUUUGAGAAUGUGCAAGGAAAGAAGUAGAAUGCAUCAGGUACUUGCAAAGAUGGCUGCCUCUAUAUCGUCACCUCAAGUUUCUGAUUUAGAUAAAUGGGAAUUCAACCAAGAUAAAUCAAGGCGUGAGCUAGCAAACAUGGUUGCUCUACAUGAUUUCCCAUUCUCAAUUGUAGAAUAUGCUGGAUUCCAGAAGUUUGUGAAGUCCUUGAACCCUCUAUUCAAACUAGUUUGUAGAACAACCGUCAGAGAUGAUUGUUUGGAGUCUUUCAGAGAGGAAAGGUCAUCUUUAAGACAAAUUAUCAGCACUUCUGGUUGCCGUGUCUCCCUCACAGCUGACAUGUGGACUUCAGUUCAGAGACUUGGAUACCUCUGUGUUACUUGCCACUACAUAGACAACAAUUGGAAGCUUCAGAAACGGAUAAUAAGGUUUGCUCUUAUGGAGUCGCCACAUGACGAUCUUCAAAUGUACAAUCUGAUAUUGAAGACUAUCCAGUAUUGGCACAUUGAAGACAAGCUAUGCAUCAUUACCUUGGAUAACGCAUCAGUCAAUGGCUCUAUGAUGGAUGAUUUGAGAAAUAAUCUAUCCAAAAGGAAUCUCUUGAUUGGUGGCGGUGCCCUUUUCCAUAUCAGGUGUGCUGCUCAUGUGCUCAAUCUAAUAGUUCAAGAUGGAUUGCGAGUGAUGGGUGGAAUAAUAGAUAGCAUCAGGGAAUCUGUGAAGUACAUCAGAAGCUCACAAGCCCGAGAGGAACUCUUUGACUCUGAGUUGAGAAGCUAGGAAUUGAGUGUACCAAGAAGCCCUCAUUAGAUGUUGCAUCUAGGUGGAACUCAACAUAUUUGAUGAUUGAGUCAGUUUUCCCUUACCAAGAAGCAUUUGUGGAGUUAGGGAAACAAGACAAGCAAUUUAAAUUUGCGCCUUCAGAAAAAGAGUGGGCUUUGGCUGAAGAACUCCGAAAGUUAUUACGGACCUUCUUUGCAGCAACAAAGGUGGUGUCAGGUACAAAAUACCCUACAUCAAACAGAUAUUUUCAUGAAAUAUGGAAUGUGAAGGUGUUGUUAGAUAGACAAGCCAAGAAUAAGAAUGUUAUCAUUGCAUCAAUGGUACAUGAAAUGCAUGAAAAAUUUGAUAAGUACCGGAAAGAAUCCUAUUUAGCAAAUUGCAUACCUCUUAUCUUGGAUCCAAGGUACAAGCGUGGGUUUGUUAAGUUCAGACUGGAACAAGCUUUUGGAAAGAAGGAUUCAGAACAUCAUAUUGCAAAAGUGGAUGAGGUCAUGCAUACGAUCUUCAAAGAAUAUUCUCUUCAAAUAGGAGAAUCUGCUGCUGAUAACUCAGAAGAAGAAGAUGACGCGGAUGCAGUGCUAGGAGAUGAGAAUCCUUUGGCUGAUUGGGAAGCCCAUCUCAAAGUGCAAAAGAAACAGGUAGCAUCAGAGCUUGAUAGGUACUUGAAUGAAGAUCUAUUUCCCAAAAGAAAAGUAUUCGACAUUUUGGGAUGGUGGAAAAUAAAUGCACCUAAAUUUCCUAUCCUAUCUUGUAUUGCACGUGACCUGCUAGCUGUGCAAGCGUCUACUGUGGCGUCUGAAUCAGCGUUUAGCAUUGGUGGGAGAGUUGUUAGUGAUUAUAGGAGUAGGCUGAAAAGUGGUACGGUCGAGGGCUUGAUUUGCUUGCAGGACUGGCUACGAGCUGCUGGUGAGUUUUCCACUACAUUAGGGCACCAAAUUAUUGUCAUUUUUGCAUUGGUAAAA